UAUGUUUGUUUGUUUGUUGUUGUAUACACAUCGAAUUGGCAACAUUGAAAGUUUUAAUAUCAAAAAUAAUGAUGCGAAUGUCAUUGGUGAAUUUUUCAUCGUUAUUGACCAAUUCAUUAUUGGUUUCGAAAAAUUCCAUCAUCAACUAUCGUAUGAUGGCGACAACAUCAAAAUAUUUGAUUGAAGAACCGAAAUAUGAUUUUCUUCGAAAUCUUAGCAUAGAACGUACUAAUAUCGGUGUCUUUACGAACGGUUGGAAUGCUCAUGGAAAGACAAUAACAUCGAUAAAUCCAUCGGAUGGCCGUGUUAUUGCUGAAAUUGUGACCGGAAAUCAUGAUGAUUAUAAUGAAGCUGUACAGGAAUCUGGAAAAGCAUGGCAACAAUGGGCCGAAAUGCCUGCACCACAACGUGGUGAAAUUGUUCGUCAAAUUGGUAAUGCAUUACGAGAAAAGAAAUCCGACCUAGGAAAAUUAAUUUCUUUGGAAAUGGGCAAAAUCCUGAGCGAAGGUGAAGGUGAAGUUCAAGAAUAUAUUGAUAUCUGUGAUUAUGCAGUUGGAUUAUCACGAAUGUUGAAUGGAAAAAUCAUACCAUCUGAACGUCCGAAUCAUGUACUCAUGGAGAAUUGGAAUCCGCUGGGCACAGUUGGCGUUAUUUCGGCAUUCAAUUUUCCAGUUGCUGUUUUCGGUUGGAACAAUGCCAUCUCAUUGGUCUGUGGUAAUACAACACUUUGGAAACCGGCACCAACAACUUCGUUAUGUGCGGUUGCUGUAACAAAAAUUUUGGAAAAAGUUUUCAAAAAUAAUAAUUUACCAGCAUCGUUGUGCACUUUAGUUAGUGGUGAUGCAGAUAUCGGUAAAGCUAUUGCCAAUGAUAAACGUUUACCAUUAGUAUCGUUCACCGGAAGUUGUCAAAUUGGUCGUGAAGUAGGCGUUGCCGUACAACAAAGAUUUGGUAAACACAUUCUUGAAUUGGGCGGCAAUAAUGCAAUUAUUGUUGAUCAUGAUGCCGAUAUUGAUAUGGUUAUUCGUGCUUCAUUGUUCGCAUGUGUUGGUACGGCCGGACAACGAUGUACGACUACAAGACGGCUAUUUGUUCAUGAAAAUAUUCAUGAUAAAAUUGUCGAACGUUUAUCCGAUGCUUAUGGUCGAGUACGAGUCGGUGAUCCAUUAGAUACGGAUACACUUUAUGGCCCAUUACAUUCAGAACAAGCUGUCAAUAAUUAUGAAAAAACAAUCAAAGCUGCAAUUGAAUCGGGUGGUAAAAUCAUUUGCGGUGGUAAACGUAUGAAUCGGCCAGGUUUAUAUGUUGAACCAACAAUCAUUACCGGAUUAUCUCAUGAUUCAACAAUGGUACAUACGGAAACAUUUGCUCCGAUUGUUUACAUCAUACCAUUCAAGCAAUUGAACGAUGCAAUUGCUUGGAAUAAUGAAGUCGAACAAGGACUAUCCAGUAGCAUUUUUACAUCGAAUCUUAACAGCAUAUUCAAGUGGACUGGACCCAAAGGUUCUGAUUGUGGUAUUGUCAAUGUUAAUAUUCCGACAAAUGGUGCCGAAAUUGGUGGAGCGUUUGGUGGUGAAAAGGCAACAGGAGGUGGAAGAGAAUCUGGUUCAGAUUCAUGGAAACAAUAUAUGCGAAGGUCAACAUGUACAAUCAAUUAUUCUAAAGAGCUACCAUUGGCACAGGGAAUCAAAUUUGAAUAAAAAGAAUGUUUUUUUUUCUUUGUGUAUGAAUUAUAGAUUAAAUGGCACAGUAAAUCAAACAAACAAAAUAUUCA